AGGAACUAAUGACACAUUUCUGGGAAUGUGCUUUAACAAGAUCAGAUGAGGCAAUUUACACUUUCUGUUAGUUAAAAUAGUGAUCAUCUAUAUUAGAAAAUCUAGGAAAGCAGAAAAUGAAGGAAGGUCUGCUAUGUGCAGUUAGCUUGUUACUACUUGUCCGCUUUUCAGUGCCUCAGAAUGUAAUUUGCUAUGAGCACAUUGAUAAAAACAAAGGAGAAUGUAUGGGAAUCCUUGCUGACGAUGUGUCUGAGGAAGACUGCUGUCUCAAUAUCAAUUAUGGUUUUAAGAGAGACCACACUGGUUCCUGUGAAGCAUGCCAUGUAGCAGAAUGGAGUGAAUGGACUCCCUGGUUUCCCUGCACUGUGCCCUGCCUGGAAGGUGUAAAACAACGUCGGAGAGCAUGCUAUGGAAAAGGAGAAUGCCCAGAUGCUAGUAAGACUGAAACAAUUCAGACAGCCCCUUGUAUUGAGAAAACCUGUUGCCCUGUGUCUGGGGGAUGGUCGGUAUGGCUUGGUUGGAGUGCUUGCUCAGUAACAUGUGGAAAGGGGAGCAAGACAAGAAAGCGUAUCUGUAAUAACCCGCUACCUGCGUGUGAUGGCAGCUGUGAAGGAAGUGGCACAGAUGUAGAUCAAUGUGAAGUUACAACACAAUGUCCAACACAUGGUAACUGGGAUUCUUGGCAGUCCUGGGGUCAGUGUUUUGGCACAUGCAAGGAUGAAGCUGGACACCAAGUUCCAAUUCAAACCCGUCAGAGAACAUGCAGCAACCCACCUCCUUCUGUCAAUCCCCCAGGAAACCCCUGUGUUGGACCUGCAGAAGAACAACGUCAAUGUAGUUGGCUACCCUUCUGUCCAGUUAAUGGAAAUUGGGGUCCAUGGGGAGCAUGGAGUGACUGCCCUGUUACGUGUGGAGUUGGAAGGCAGACAAGAAACAGGGAAUGUAACAACCCAGCACCUCGCCAUAAUGGUCAGCCCUGCCCUGGAAGUAGCAUUUUAUAUAAAUCCUGUACAGUAAAGACAAAUUGUCCAGUUGAUGGAAAAUGGACAGAGUGGAGUGGUUGGUCAGAAUGUGAUCGACCAGGCAAAGUAAUUCAUUGCAAGAAGUAUGCUGGUCAACAACGUCGAACACGAAUUUGUACUGGACGGGAUUAUGGUGGAAAUCCAUGUGAUGGCGUAAUAAUGGAAAGUCGUCAGUGCUACAAUUUCAAAAACUGUCCAUUAUCGGGUAAUGGAAUAUGGCCUGAAUGGAGUACUUGGAGCAAUUGCUAUCCACAUUGUGGUUCUAAUGCUAAGAAAAGACGGACCAAGAUCUGUCAGCCUAUAUACCCUAAUUAUACCCUGAUCAUCCAAACACCAACUAAAAAAAAUGAAACGGUGGUCUUCUGGGGAACUCCAAGACAGUUUUGUGCACCUAUUGGUUCGGUAAAAUACAAAUUUGAAGAAGAAUUAUCUUGUCUAAAUGUUCCUGACUGCGAAGAUUGAGACUGAAGCAUUACCCACAGAAACAAGAUGAUAUCAAGAAUUGCAGAAAACUACUUUCAAAACUAUCUUUUUAUCUUCACUACUCUGUGUAUACACAUGCUUUUGCAUAACAUGUAUUGCUUUUGUCCUAUUUUUAAUUGUUUGAAAAACAGAAGAAAAGAUUGAUUCUUGUCAAAAUGGCUAUGGACGGAUUCAUUGUUUACCAAUUUAAGGGGCUGAAGACACUCCUUAAAAUUUUACAGCUGACAUAUUUUUAAAAGAUAGAAGGUACAGAAUUGUAUCCCCACUUGCAUGAUGUUCUUUUACAUUUUCAUAGCCUGUAACAGAAGUCAUCACCUAACAAAGCUACAAACUGGAAAUCCUGAGCAGUUUACAAGGUCAAAUGCAUGCUGACUACAUGAAAAGAAGACUGACACAAGGACUAGUCCUUUGUUUAGUGACAUAAUUAGUUGUUGUAAAACUACCAUUAGAAAGACGCAGAAAGUUUUCACUAAGAUGGAAAAGGAACCUCAUACUUAGUACAAAAUGAAUGGAAAGGGAAUGGAGCUAACCACCACCAUCUGAAGCUUGUGAUACAAAUGUUACCACUUCAUAGAAUAGGUCUUGGUAUUAUCAGGCACUGUUACUAGACGUUACAAUUAUAAAAGAUUACUUAAGAUCAUCUCCAUAGAUUCACCAUGCAUAAGUGAAUUCUGAAAACAAAAAUGAUUGGUACAUUAUAUUUGAAGAAAGCUAAAAAUUAUUGACAUAUCUGCCUUCCAAUCUGUAUAAAUGAAACAUAAUCAUUGGAUUUGAAAAAUGUCAUCUUUCAGUAUAUGGUUAUUAGCCCUUAGUUUAAUUGUAAGCCCCUGUCUGUUGAACAACAUAACCAGUCUGUGUUUCAGUGCUUAUAUUUUUAUAAGGAUCAAAGUCAGUAAAAGAGAUGACUGUUUUAACACUAAUUGUCAUUGAAGAGGUACUGUGUAGUGGAUUAUAUGGAUGAUGCUAUACCUAUAGUUUCAUGAUAAAAAUGACUGAGGCAUGGCCACUCGUUUAAGUAUGACCUCACAGCAUUCAUUGUGGUGUCUGAUUACCACUAAGGAUUAUGUCUCACUACUACUGUACUUAGUAAAGGUAACUAUUGGUAAUGAGGGUGUGGGGAACAAGUUAUUAUGCUACCAGUGAAUAGCCAUUAGUUAUGAGUGCAUGAAGAAGAGGCUGGUUGGUACAUUAUUAGUGAAAUUGCAUAUUAUUCUUGCCUGUUGGACCCAACUAUACCUGAAAAAGGAUUUUUGGAACAGUGUAACAACCCACUUAAAUGGUAAAUAAAUAAAUAGAUAAAUAAAUAGAAGAUAACUGGCAGACCAUCUGUGCAAGGGUCUGUGCAACUAACAAAGAUGACUUGAUCUACAUCCUGUUUUUUGGGGGAGGUGGGGGGUUGGGAGGCAUAAUCCCACUUCAUUGAGUUAUGUAUGAUAGAUUUUCUCUUUCUUAAAAUGUAAGUAUCUAUGUUUACUUAAGCACAGUAAUGGGAUAGUAGUAUCACCAUCACUGGUCAAAUCCAACCAUGCUAUGAAACAUUCAGUAUGGAGGUUAAACCUGAUCUACCAUCAAAUUCUUUUGUUUUAUAAAUCUUUCAAGGGUAAUGUAAUUCUAUUACAUCUAGCUGAUGGCCUAAUGACAUUUAAGGACUUUCUCCCCUUGAUGACCCUGUCUCAUACAAUGCUACAUUCAAUGACAAUUUUUAUGCUCACUUAAAUGAUUUAAGUUGAAGCAUUCAUUCUCAUCAGACACAAAUACAAAGCCAAGAAGGAAAUGUCAUGUUGGAAUCCUAGUAUAAGCAAAUUAUACAAUAAAAGGAAAAUGCAUUGUCAGUGAGAAACUAAAUACCCAAGUCUCUAAAAGUGAACUCAAAAAGAUAAAGACCUUAGAAGCAAAAUCAAAUCAUCCUAUGAAAAUUAAGAGCUAAAAUUUGUGAGCUAUGUAAAGGGUCAGAAAACUACUUGGAAGUAAUACCCAAUACUGCACUGAGCUAAUAUAUAACAGCAAUGCAUACUCAUCCUCAAAGGACAUAGCUAACAUAUUAGCUAAUAAAAUUAUUUCUGAUGUUACCCCCUUAUUUCUCCCUAACUUUCCUCUCCAUAUUACCAUUCUCACAUCUCUCUUCAGAUCACCUCUGCACAAGUCUUGAAGGUAGAAUACUUGCUCCAUGAUCCCUAUAGCCUACUUGUUCUUUCCUGAGGCAAGAGCUGAUCAUGAAAACAGUGCUAUUAUCCAUUGUGGAAAAUGGUUAUAGAGCAGAGCCAUCAUCCAUUGAAGACAAGGGUUAUAGAGCAGUGCCAUCAUCCAUUGAGAACAAAGGUUAUAGAGCAGUGCCUUAAUCCAUUGAGGUCAAGGGUUAUAUUAGAGCAGUGCCAUCAUCCAUUGAGGACAAGGGUUAUAAACAGUGCCAUCAUCCAUUGAGGAAAAAGGUUAUAGAGCAGUGCCAUCAUUCAUUGAGGACAAGGAUUAUAGAGCAGUGCCACAAUCCAUUGAGGACAAGGGUUACAUUAGAGCAGUGUCAUCAUUCAUCGAGAACAGGAGUUAUAGAGCAGUGCCAUCAUCCAUUCAGGACAAGGGUUAUAGAGCAGUGUCAUCAUCUAUUGAGGACAAAGAUUAUAGAGCAGUGCCACAAUCCAUUGAGGACAAGGGUUAAAUUAGAGAAGUGUCAUCAUUUAUUGAGAACAGGAGUUAUAGAACAGUGCCAUCAUCCAUUGAGGAAAAGGGUUAUAGAACAGUGCCAUCAUCCAUUGAACACAAGGGUUAUAGAGCACUGCCAUCAUCCAUGGAGGACAAGGGUUAUAAAGCAGUGCCAUCAUCUACUGAGAACAAGGGUUAUAGGGCAGUGCCACCAUCCAUUGAGGACAAGGGUUCUUAGAGUAGUGCUAUUAUCAAUUGAGGACAAGGGUUCUUAGAGUAGUGCCAUUAUCUAUUGAGGACAAUGGUUUUAGCUUAUAGUCCUUAACUCCUUUAUACAUGCCCAGUAAGCUACUAUAGGUUGGAAAUAUGCUUAGAUGUGAUUUUUCUCUGUCACAUUGUAUUGUGUGUGUGUGUGUGUGUGUGUGUGUGUGUGUGUGUGUGUGUGUGUGUGUGUGUGUGUGUGUGUGUGUGUAUGUGUGUGUGUGUGGUAUGUGUUUUGAGUUUAGUAGGAGUUUGUGAUGUUGCAUAAGAAUUGAAGUAGUUAUCAUCAAAGUAUAUGGUUGCCUACAGAGUUGUAUAAAGAGAUAACUGAAUACUAAGUUGUGUGUUAUAUAUCAUAUUAUAAACUGUGUUAGAAUGAUUGCUUUUUAAAGAUUUAAGGCAUAUUAGAUGAAUGGUAAAGCAAGUGCAAGCAGCCAGAUUAUAGAGGUGGAAUUUUAAUGACUGAAUACUGGAAGAGUGGAAAUGUUCAUGCUGUAUAGGGAGGAGGAGGGAGAUCCAGAGUUUUGGUCCAGUAAAUGAGAAUGUAUGGGAUAUGCAUUAAAAAUGGUGAGGAAGGACAGAGAGUUCAGAUUUAAAGACUGUGGAUGGUGUAAGUGAUCCUAAGUGCAAUUUUGGUUGGAGAUUUUGUUGCUAGGAUUUGAUGAAGGUUGAAUUGAAGGAGUAUGCAGAGGAUUGUAGAUGGGAUAUUUGAUACUGAAAUGGAAUGUUGCACCAGCUUGGGGACAAACUAAUAAAGAAAUUAGCUUUGUUUAGGCAUAUCUGUAGUUUUUCAAUAUUUCAGUGAUUUAAUGGUUAAUGGCAAAGUAUAUCAAAGUGUAAGAUCUUAUAAGAAGUUUAUUGGUUUCCUUUGUAUUACAAUACAGUUGAAAAGCACGUGAGAGAAGGAGUUAUGGAAUAUGGCAUAGUAAAUAAGUUUUCUUGAAACCUAAGAUUGUACAUUCAUUACUUUAAAGAAUCAUGAAGACUGCCGUACAUGAGAAGCACACUUUAUUUGGUUGACAUAUAAUCAAAUUUCAAGUCAAGUAGUGAAACUGGUCAAAUAUUUUUGUUUUGUUUUGGAAACGGGAUAUUUUGUUGUUUAUAUGAAUUACAUGGAAUCCAGAGCAGAAUGCAGCAGUCUGUCUGUCUGUGAGACUUUUUAAAAGGGUGUACCUGAUAGUGAGAGGAUAGGGGCAAGGGAGAUUAUGGAAGACAUUUUGUUGUGUGUACCUAAAAGCAUGACAUUUGUUUUUAAUGUUUGUUAGACAUAAGGAUGUUACUAACACAGUGAGAGAGAGAGAGAGAGAGAGAGAGAUAUUGACAGUUUUUUAGUAAUGUUGUUAUGGAGGUUGUUAGUAAACCAGAAGGCAAGAAUGUCAGCAUAAAGAAGUGUAUUCUGGGAAGAAAGCACACCGGAGAUUUUGUUAAUGAAGCAUGAAAAUACAAAUGACCCUGUUACGGACGCUUGUGAAAAAACAGUGGUUAGUGAGAUGGGUGAGAAAAGGGUACUGUUCGAAAGCUCUCUUAUCUUUCUGUCUCUUAAGUAUUAUUGGAUCCAGUGUGUUUCAGAGGUGAUGAUACCAAAGUAUGGCAAUAGUUGUAGUUUGUUUAUGUGACAUGGAGUCAAAAGCCAUUGGCAAGGACACUGAAUAUAGAUUUUGCCUGAUUGCUGUGAUUCAUGCUUCGGUAUACGUUAUCAGCAAAUGUGAGACAUGUUCUUGUGGUGUUGGGGAUCCUUUGGGGACUCAUGUUGGUUACAGAUAAAUAGCUUAAUUAACUCAGGGUUCUGUAUGAGUUGAGUGGACAUACCCUAUUCUGGUAACUUGAUAGAAGGGAGAGGAUAUAGUCUUGCACUGAUCUGUUGAGAAGGGAUGAGAGAUUUUAGGUAAUGGAAUUGUUCUCACUGUUUCCUUGGGUGCCUGUUGAAAUUCUAAGACCUAUAACUGUGAUCCUCAGAAGAGAGGAGUAGAAAGGGCAUAUAUGGAGAAUAUAUACUAAAUAUAUGCCUUUGAUGCAUUGUAGUAUUCCCCAUACUUUGAUGGGUAGCGGCAGGGUUUUGAAGAGUUCCCUCAUUGCGGGGGGGGGGGGGGGUCAGGAGAAGCAAAGCUGCCUGCACACAAUGCUUUAAGGUCUAAUAAUGCAUUUCACUAUUUGUUGUUGAAUUUCAGUUAUUUUUUAAAGCACUGGUACUCAUAUGAUUGGGUCUCCCACUUCCAACAGGAAGCUGUUGCCAUCAUUCAUGGAAGAUCCUUGUGGAUAAGAAUGUGGUUAUUAUAUUUUUGAAGAGUGGGGACAUUAUUUUAUUUCUUGCAUAUUUAAAUUAGGCAUGAGUAAAUUUAUUUGGGUUGGGAUUCAGUGUCAUUUUUUAACAGACUGACAUAAGUGCUGAUAACAGAACUCUCUUAAUUAAUUGCUAAGGGUGAAUAAAUAGCAACUGUCCUCACUAGAAUAUGAUAUGAAGUGAUUCCUUUUUUUCCCUUUCUUCAUUGCUUUCCUGUCCAUACUUGUCAAAGAUGCAGUCACAAGCCAGGAACAUUCCAGUGGGUUACAUUUUUGAAUAAUGCCCUGAUCAUCUGGACUUUAGUAUAUACUUUAGUAUCCAUUAGUCAGCGUUCGGUUUUAGCCAUAUAUGAUACACAUAAUCAAAAAACUGAUUCCUAUUAAUAAAAUCAAUGCAAAUUUUUCAAAAAGUAAACAAAAUGAUGGUGAUGGUCAUGAACUAGAUCCCUGUGAACAUUCAGACAAGUGUGCCUCAUAAACCAAUGAGCACUUUAAGUUCAUUGUUUAUUCAUGUAAUUGCUUAUGCUGAUUAAAUAUUCUCCUUGUUUGUUUUAGCUGCUUUUAUAUGAAGCAGAACAAACUGCUGAAACGUUCUUGCAUUUCUCCAGCAAAGGCACUAGAAACUGCCAUUAUCUGCUGAUGUGCAAAGCACAGCAGAAAGGUCUCAGUGCGCUGCAUCUGGGUAAACCAUGCUCUCUUGUGAGAGUAAUGUUAGCAUAUUUUAUGUGACUUAGAUUUACAAUUUGUAGGAUACAUCUUCUACAAAAUGUAGAAAGUGACUGUUUUCUCGAAAUAUACUAUUUUUAGGUGAAUGAAUGUGGAGAAUACAUCCAAUGGUUUUGUCUGCCUGGCCAUCUGUCAAGCUUUGUUUUAUUUUCUACUAAUAACAUAUAUUCUGCCAUGAAUAAGCACUGCUGCACUGAUGGAAGUGGACAAACAUUGCACACCAACAUGGUGCGGUAUUAUGUUGCUGACUGUAGAUUAAAGAAAGGAGAGAUUUAUGUCAGAUAAGGUCAGCACUUAUUUUCAUCUGUUAGAAACUCCAGAAACUCCCACACCAAGUUGAAAAAAUACACUGAUCAGUAGACUGACAUAGCCAAAUGUAAUGAAAGUUAGUCCCCCAUAUGAAAUAUCUAUGGAAUGGCAUUAUGAUGUUCUCUUUGCACUGUAUGCAGAAGUAAAUAUGAACAUUUAUUGCAUGUUUUCUAAUAAUUAUGAUUCUUGUUAUAUAAUACUUGUCUUACUAUGCAUAAUAUACUGAAAUCAGCUACUAUCUAACCUUUGUUUUCUCAUUUUUAAAUGUUGCAGUAAUAAAAUUUCUCAUUUGC